AUGGACGUAGAGACCAGCAUCCAAAUGGCCGACUAUGUUGUAUGUGUUGUUGUCUUGUUGAUUCCUAUGGCCAUCGGGAUUUUGUUCGCUGUUAAAGACGCGAAAAAGGCGACCAGAGAGGAAUAUUUGUUUGGAGGAAGACGGAUGUCUGUGGUGCCGGUGGCUUUGUCACUUUUCGUCACGUUCAUUUCUGCCAUUGCCUUGAUGGGAAAUCCCGCAGAUAUUUACAGUUAUAGCGUAAUGGUUAUCACCCUAUAUGGAGGCUACUCAAUCAGCUAUGUUAUUAGUCUGUUCGCCAUUGUGCCACUGUUCUAUUCCCUACAACUGACAAGUAUCUAUCAGUACUUCGAGUUGAGGUUCCACUCACGUGCAGUGAGGAUAUCAGCACUGACCGUUGGUAUAAAAACUGCUGGAGGAUGGUCAGAGGCGUGGCCACUAGCUGUGAAAGGUGGAAGAGUUUCAUUUGACGUUUACGACUUUGAUCCAAGGGCUUGGUACUACAUUCAACCAAUCAACCAUCCAAAGAUUGUGACAAUGAGAGACGCCAAGAUUUCUUAUAUAUUAAACAUCCCAAUUAUGUUGGCUUAUGGUGUUCUGCUGUUUUUUGUUGGAUUCGCAAUUUACGUCCAUUUUGCAUUUCUACGCUGUGAUCCUUAUGAAGGCGGUCUAAUUACCAACAGAAACCAACUGAGUCCAUUUUUCGUCAUGCAAGCUUUUCAAGACAUGCCUGGGUUUGCCGGUCUUUUCAUGGGGACGAUGUUCAGUGGAUCUCUCAGUACUAUAUCAUCAGGAAUCAGUGCUUUGGCGGCAAACACAGUUGAAGAUAUUCUAUCGAAAUGUCUAAGUGGUUUUAAAGAAAGCAGUAUCACGCAACUAACAAAAGUACUGGUCUGCUUGUAUAGACUUGCCAUUGUUGGACUUGCCUAUGUAGCUGACUCCAUAGAUGGUCCAGUCACACAAAUGAGUUCGUCAGUUUUUGGAGCCUGUGGGGGUCCUGUGUUUGGGGUGUUUAUACUUGGGGCGUGCAUCCCCUGGAGCAACAAGUACGGCGCCUUAGGUGGAGGUGGGCUGGCUCUUGUUUUCAACGUGUGGUUGGCCAUUACAGGACAGAUGUACGGAAAGAAAACUCGACCACUACAACCCCCAUCUAUAGAGAACUGCUAUACGAACUCCUCCAUGUUGCUAAACCUUACUUCUACAAUACUAACUGCUGAACGAUUCCCAAAUGACAACGACUCAUACAGUUAUGGUUUCUUCUUGUACGAUAUAUCCUACAUCUGGUAUGGUUUUAUUGGAUGUUUUGUGGCCUUCACCUCUGGUGCUCUCAUUAGCUUUUGUUUUAAGAAGUACGACCACACCAAGACUGACCCACGCCUCAUUAUACCAAUAAUUCGUAAGGCGUGGUCUUUGACUGAGCCAGAAGCUAAACAAGAGGAAAGCUCAGCAACGAUGAAAUGUCAACUCGAACUUUUAAAUUGCUCUGACGAUGUAAAAUUUCGUUAA